UGAAAGCAUUGUCUGCUGCCUGUCAGUCGUGCUAGUACUGAGCAGAGGGAACCAGAACUUAAGACAAAAUAUCACCGUAUUUGGCUAGACCUAAGAAAUAGGGGAUUGUCGAUCAUUUCUGUCGUCUGUUAAUAUUUGUCACAACGGUUGGACAGUCGAAGCUUCCUUUUGUUUCCAUGCACUCAGUCACCCGGACGAAGAGAAGAAGCUGAAUACGGUCAAAACCCUAGUCUCGCCGAUCGGUAGCAGAACGAACAUGAAGAGCAGAGCGUCGCGCUGAGGGCGGCCAUCAACAUCCGUAGUAGUGCAUUAUCAUACCCUACAUUGAAAACACGGACAUUGAGUAAAGACACAUUUACCUGUAUCUUACACCUGCGGAUCAAGCAGCAAUGCCGGGGUUUGAUUACAAGUUUCUGGAGAAACCGAAGAGACGCUUUCAAUGUCCCUUGUGCAGUAAAGCAAUGCGCGAGCCUGUUCAAGUCUCUACCUGUGGCCACCGAUUUUGUGACACAUGUCUGCAAGAAUUUUUAAGUGAAGGGGUCUUCAAAUGCCCAGAGGACCAACUGCCCUUAGACUAUGCCAAGGUACAGUACCGUCAAAACUACACUCAUACCAACCCAGAUGUUCUACUUACAGGAGCUAUCAAAACUACACUCAUACAUAACAUUUACAUUUACCCCCGUGCCAGCUCAGUGUGCACGCCCACUGCUGUUUUCCCUGGCAAUGCCCUAUCCGUCGAUUCUCAACAUCGUCUGUCUCUCUCUGUCCCUCAGAACCACCAGUACCACUGCCCACGGUUCCCUGUCCAGUGCCCAAACCAGUGUGGUACACCCAACAUCGCCAGGGAGGAUCUGGCGAACCAUGUGAAGGAGAAUUGCGGCAGUGCCCUGGUCCUCUGCCCGUUCAAAGAUGCAGGCUGCAAGCACAGGUGCCCCAAGCUGGCGAUCGGCCGCCACCUGGAAGACACCACCAAGUCCCACCUGACCAUGAUGUGCAACCUGGUGGGCCGCCAACGCCAGGAGAUCCUGGAGAUGAGGAGGGAGAUGGAGGAGCUGUCCGUCAGUCACGACGGAGUCCUCAUCUGGAAGCUCAGCGACUACUCCCGCAAACUCCAGGAGGCUAAGCUCCGGAACAACCACGAGUUCUUCAGCCCACCCUUCUACACCCAUCGCUAUGGCUACAAGCUGCAGGUGUCGGCCUUCUUGAACGGAAACGGCAGCGGGGAGGGUUCCCACCUGUCUAUCUAUAUCCGGGUGCUCCCAGGGGAGUACGACAACCUGUUGGAAUGGCCCUUCUCCUACAAGGUGACCUUCUCCAUCCUGGACCAGAGCGACCCGUCGUUGUCCAAGGCCCAGCACAUUACGGAGACCUUCAACCCGGACCCCAACUGGAAGAACUUCCAGAAACCCUGCAGCACCCGCAACUCGCUGGACGAGAGCACCCUGGGGUUUGGUUACCCCAAGUUCAUCUCCCACGAAGAGAUUAAGAAGAGGAACUACGUUCGAGAUAACUCCGUCUUCCUCAAAGCUUCCAUAGAAAUCCCCCAGAAGAUCAUGGCCUGAAGGGUCAGUUUGAAAAAACGUGAAAGGGUGUAAGCCAGGUUUAAGAAAACAGAUGCUUAACCUUAAAGACUUCAACUUCACACUUAUCCUUUAGACACUUGCUGGUCUCUCCACUGUAGAACUUGGAGCAAGUCUGUUGAGUUGUGUGUGCUGACUGGAGGAUACUGGAAUGUAGGAAAAAGUGUUUGGUUGGCAGAACCAUCACUCUGUGAUUCAGUUUUAUAUUUGUUUUCUAACCGUUUUUCACAAUCUGCUACAAAUAAGCCUUGGAAAUCAACAGUGCCUAGAGAAUUUAUUUUAAGUUCUAUUUUUUUUUUCUUCAUUGCGUUUUUUUUUUUUUUUUGCACCUCAAAUGUACAUAUUGAUCGAGGAUUGGAAAUGUGUGUGCAAGCUUUUGCACUGGCAGUAGUUGGAAUUUGGUCUGGUACUUCCUGUUUGAUUACGCUAGUCUGAGAGUGAUUAGCUCAUCACGCAUACGUAGCUUAACCCCAAAUGCCUUUAGUUGACAUCCUUUUACAGUAUCACCCACUUGUCCUUUAAUGAAUGCAAGUCCUUGGGAAAGUAAACAGAUGAACCAUCGAAACUACAGUAGGAGUAUCUUCUACAGACACUGUUGUUGCUGGCCUAACUUGUAUACGGUAGUUUCACAAAGUCUUUGCAUAUAAUUAGACGAUCCUGAUGUCCAAAUAAUAAUAAAAAAAGAACUAUGUCAGUGAGAGAUGGAUUUGUGGAUACUGUUGAGACCUCAGAAAGCUUUGUUGGUGGAAAGUGCUUGCGUAGAGCCGAGGAGGAGGGCUCUGAGCUCUCUCCGUUUUCACAUGGUACAUGUGCACUUACGGUUGAAGGAAAAGCCAUGAGGCCUAGAUAUGUUUACACGUCUGGGUCUCUGCAGGGGGUUACUGGAAGACAACAUAAAUAUGUCAUGCACGUGUCAUGUGAUACAACUUGGACUACGUUUUUGUACUGUAACCUGUAUUCUUGAAAUAUUCCCUUGAGGGCUUUUGUGUUCAUUUUUUUUUUUUGCAGUGGAAGAACUGUUCAAUGGAACCAAAUUCUUUUAUACGUGAAAAAUGUGAGCAACGUUGUUUGAAAUAAUAACGUCCUAGAUGAAACACAGGAUGGAUUCCUGAACUCUGUGAAGUGCAUUGUUUUUAAGUUCAGCCCGGCCCCACAGACCGUCUCAAUGACCCAGGAGCCUCGGGACUGACCGCGUCUGAACCGUGUGGAUACCAACACGCAUCUUCACCUCCACACACGUGCGAGUUGAUCGUCAGAAGAAGAACAGCAUUGUGCAAUACACCUGUCAAAACACUCAGAUGACGCGCUCAUGAUGUAUGUGAAUAGAGAUGUAGAAAACGCAGAAGCACAUUCUCUGUCUUUUUAUUCUACUUGGAAAAUUCCUGGUCUGUUGUUCUUCUUAUUACUAUACCAGCCAAUAUUUUACAGUGAUUUUAAGAAGUAAAAAAAAAAAAAGAAAAAAAAAACUUUUUGUAAGAUUCUGUAUUUUGCAAAGUACUUAAAUGUUUAUACAAUACUUUUGGGUUGGAGAACCGUGGGAAGAGCUUGGAAAUUCUGUGGAACAUUUUCAGGUUUCACGUCUAACAGCAGAACUAUGGGUUUGGUUGGUCUAGAUCUCACAUCAGUCUGUCUGUAUUGUUUCUUUUUAAAGUAUUUAUUUUAAGGGGCCAUUAUGUAAGCUUUACUGAAUUGAUGGCGCAAACGUUAUAAUAUGUUGAUUGAUGAGUGCUUGUUGUCAAUUUCCUAAUUUGAAAUUAAAUGCUAUAUAGAACAUC